AUGUCUGACCCAGAGAUUGUACGGCUUCAACGCGAGAACGAAAAACUCAGACGCGAGAAGGAGGCAGCGGAGGCGAGAGAGGAAAAGGAGCGGCGCGAGAAAGAAAAGGAGCGGCGCGAGAAAGAAAAGGAGCGGCGCGAGAAAGAAAAGGAGCGGCGCGAGAAGGAGGAGCUCGCACGCGAAAAUCAGCCGACUACAUUAGAUGAAUAUCUAUGGAACUGCCAUACCUAUCUCUACCAGAACUUCAAGCUUGCCGACAAGUCCAUAUCCUCAACGGGGUCUACAAGGGUUGAUGGCAAGUUCUACCCUAUGUGGCUACGUCCUUGGAGCAAGUUUGCGGACUCAUUACGCCAACAACAGUUUGAGGUGAUCAAGGGGGCCUGCGGAAACGAGCGACUCUUCAAUCAACAGAGUACCACCCGAGACAUAGGAAGGAGCAUUUCCGCUAAGGUGGCGGCCAAUGAGAGCGCGGUCACUUAUUUUGAAAAAGUUGCGACCGAGGACCCUAUCAUUGCCAUUUUUAAGCAUCUAGAAGGCCAGGAAGCAAUACGUACAAAAUACAGAUUCAACGACCUACGAUUCAGCGAUAAUGGCCGCGAAAUCACGCAAUCAACCGGUGGAAGUCAACCAGCGAACGAGGAAGAUCUGGGUGACGAUAGGCCGGAGCGGCGGCUGCGGACCGGGCCGAACAAACGAGUGGCAUCUGAGCAGAGAGUGAAGCCUCGGCCAACAAUUCCUGAUGGGUUCGGGCUCCGAACGCGACCUGGCGGAGAUAAAAGCAUGGCGUUCGUUUACGACUACAAGGCAGCCCACAAGGUUGCAGCCGAGCAUGUUAAACUAGCUGUUGCAAAGGAAACAUUGUUCAUGGAAGUCAUUGAGCAACUCAACAGCAACAAGUCAACGAUAGGUGCCGAGCUAGAACAAUUCAGGGCGGAAGCACAGAUCGCUAUGGCACUCACGCAAGUCUUUGACUAUAUGGUCAACUACGGGGUCGCAUAUGGCUAUAUUGCAGCAGGCCAGUCCCUGUUGCUAGUUCAUUUUGACCGAGCCGAUCCACAGACGCUAUAUUGUCAUCCGUGUGUGCCGGAUGAAGAUGUGGGCGAGACGUCGUUCGCGAACUGGGCCGACAAAAUGAUAUAUACAGCAGUGGCUCAACUAUCAAGCUUACUCUUAUUAAGUCUUGAAUCCAAUGCGCUUCAAGGGGCUAUUCUUGACGCAGCCCUAGAGAGCGCGAACGCGGCACUAGCAAGGUGGCCAGAACCGUAUGAGGAUGCUGCGCAUUUCCUCUCGGGAGAGGACACGGAGUCGUCACUGGCGCCGUCAUCCUCGCCGCUGCGAGGGGAUGAAUUCACAUCCACGGCAGCCCCGACUGGCCGGGUAGUCCCCUUGCGGUCGAGGUCAUCAUGUGGGAACCCGGCGUUGCCUCGCCGGGAUAACGAGAGUGAUGAAGAGGAGGAGCCAGAGGGCCGUUUACCCUCGUCGCGGACAAGACUGGAUCUGGCCAAACGGAAGGUCGGUCCGUCGGAUAGCAGCUCCGAAGAAGACGCCGAAAUAGCUGAUUCAGCACCCACCAGGCAAUACUGCUCGCAGGCUUGUCUAUUAGGCCUCAAGAAGGGCUGGGAUAUGGAUAACGGCUGUCCUAAUGUGCUCUCUCAUUGUGUGGCGGGUAGAGUUAGCACGCGGCAUCCUAUCAACGCCGACGAGUUCACCCGCUUGGUCGGCAAGCGGUUGUGCAAAGACCCAUACCGAGAUUGCUAUGCCUUAGAUGGGUGGGGUAAGAAGGGAGCGAUAGGCGUACUGUUCAGAGUGGAACUUGCGCCAUAUGGCUACACGUUCGUCGGCAAGGGGACAUGUUCAAAUCAUCUCGAGCACCUGCGGCACGAAUGUCGCGUCUACGCGCGGUUGGAGAGCCUCCAGGGCUGGGUGGUGCCUGUGCAACUAGGUCUGGUGCACCUAGAUCGGGGCUAUGUUCUGCCGGGCGGGACGAGGGCGGUUCAUAUGAUGCUGAUGUCGUGGGGCGGCGAGGAAGCGGCAAAGGCAAACAUGGACGCGGCGGAUCUGCGGGCACAGUGGCACCGUUCGUCGCAGGCCGUCUGGGCCGAGGGCGUUGACCACGGCGACGAGCGUGAUGCCAACCUGCUCUGGAAUGCCGAGCGCCGCCGUGUCAUGAUCGUUGAUUUCGACCGCGCCGUCCUUCGACCAGCCCUUAAACACCGCCAGCUCUCUGCGGUAUCCGGGAGUAAGAGAAAACAUGGAGUGGAUAACCUCAAAAUUCCUUCCCGGAAGCGUAGUUUGCUGCACAAUCGCCCGCAGUUAAACUAUCUGAUGUCAAGGUAG